AUGAUGAGUGACCCCAUGGAAGCAAGCGAGAAGCAGCAGCCAGGCCUCCUAGGUUUCAAGGGCCCCAGCUCCCCAGGAUAUGAGAAAAUCUAUAAGCAGCUGCUGCAACUGAAGGGUGGAUUGGACAGCAUUUGCCGUCCUUGCCCCUGGGAGUGGACAUUCUUCCAUGGAAAGUGUUACUUCUUCUCCAAGUCCCGGCGUAACUGGAAUGAUUCCAUCACUGCCUGCCUGGAAGUGGAGGCCCAACUAGUCAUCAUUGAGAGUGAUGAAGAACAGACAUUCCUGAGUGUGAUUUCUAAGGAUAAAGGAUCUGCCUGGCUGGGUCUCUCUGACCUGAAAGAGGAAGGCUCAUGGCAGUGGGUAGAUGGCUCACCUAUGGAAGACAGUUUCAGAAAAUAUUGGUUAAAAGGGGAGCCUAACAACAUGGGCAAUGAAGACUGUGCAGAAAUUUCAAGUACUGGAUGGAAUGAUAACACAUGUUCCUUUGCGAAAUUGUGGAUCUGCAAGAAGCCUGCAUCUCCCUGCUCUAGGUGAAAUCUGCCCACCUCCAUGGCCAUUGUUUGUCCAACCUAUUUAUCACUUAGUCAAAUUUGAAGUACAUUCAUUUCAGUUCCUUCUGCCUUUCUGUGGAUACUGGGCUCUUAACAAUAGAUCUGGAU